AUGGGUUUGAGUUCAGAAUUAUACCACCAUGAAGAGAAGAAAGUCAUUUCAGUCUCCGACUAUGCUGUCAAUUUGUUAAGAGAGUCAUUUCAAUGCCUUACCGUUAUCCUCCUCAGCCUUCUCCUACCUCUCUCCUUUAUCGUCCUCGCCAGGCUGUCAGUCACCCGCUAUCUCAUCGCCACCUCAGCUUACACGGCGCUUGAUUCACUCCUCGUCAGACUCUUCCUCUACGUCAAUCCCACUCUUCUUCAUGUACUAGUUCCACUUGUCAGCAUUUCUGCUCUGAACCAAUGCCUGACAGGACGAACUCUGUCUGAUCACAUGAUUUCUAAACCUGGUCUUUAUACUUCGUGGUUUUUUCUUUCCAUGUUUCAAAUUUGCGCGUGCAUAGGGAUAGAAGGUAGCAUAGCCGUUGGAAUAGAUGGUUCUAGUUUUAGCCACGAAAGAUUAUGUUUAUUGACCAGAGUUAUGUUUUUCUUGGGAUUGCACGAGACCACGUUGUUUUGGUCCAAGAAAGUGGUGAAGCCGGUUGUGGAUGACACAGUUUUCGGUGUUGAAACGGAGGAUAGGGUUGUCGAAAAGGUGGCUAUGGCCAUGAGUUUUGGUAUAUUGUGGUGGUGCAAGUUGAGGGAUGAAGUUGAGUCUUUAGUGGUUGUGGCUGAGAUGAAUAGGGACUUGUUUGGUAGUGUUGGUUUGGUUGAUUUUGUCGGUUGGUGGUUGUAUUAUGUGACUGUGGCAAUUGGUAUGGUUAAGCUUGUGAAGGCACUUAUUUGGCUAACCUUUGUGUCGUUUUGUGGGAAUAUUGUGGUUGAUUCAGACAAUGCAGGCUGUUGUACAAGAAAUGAUGACAAAGUCUGA